AUGUCGUUGAGAGUUCGCCCGUACAAGACGUCGGCACAGACUCGCUUGGCCGAGAUCGUCGCUGCUUAUGUUCAGCACCUGAUGGAUUUGCAGGCAUCUGGCUGUGCUGAGGCCAUCCUUGACGGAUCUGUGAUUCCCCCGCCGAACGCCCAGUACUCUUCGCACGACUUCUUUUGCGCGGCACACGCGCCACCGAUUUCGGUGAAGAAGUAUACGGCUCGCCUGGUGACUUACAUGCACUGCUCACCCGAGGUAUUUGUGUUUGCCGUUGCCUACCUGCGGCGGCUCGUGCUUAACGGAUUCCCGGUGCACAUACGGUCGAUUCAUCGUCUGCUGCUAACAGCCGUCUUGGUCGCACUCAAGUAUCGAGACGACAUAUACUACCACACGAGCUUCUACGCUGAGGUUGGUGGCGUUACACCGAAGGACUUGUGCAUAAUGGAAAUGCGUUUUCUCUUCGAUCUCAUCCGCUUCGAAGGCGAGGUUUCUCUAGCAGAUUAUCACACUGUCAUAAGGGACAUUACGCGCGUGGCCGAGGGACAUAUGAUAGUAAAGAGUAUAAGCACCGAGUCGGAGACGUGCAGCCAAUGCGACACCUCUGCCAGUACCUUCACUACCUCGACGCCAGGCGAUCUUGGCUGUCUGCACGAGACGAGUGACACGUGUGCACACGCCUGGACACGCGAAUGCAAAGUAUUUUGGGGCCCCUAA